ACGGGUGCGCGCUCACAGUCCGGUGUCGCGCGCGCACCGCUGGGGAAGGCGGAAGAGAGGACGCUGAUUGAACUUUAUGCUAACAUGCUACAAAUAACUUAAAUUCUACUGUGUUGAGAUUUUAUUUACCACCGACCUGAGUUUUUGUAACCUAAUGCGCUUUGAGGUUGGGUUAAUGGUGUCAGACCUGCGAGCUGGGAGCAGUUUUAAACAGACUUCACUUGAUUAGCCAGGCUAAACAGCAGCGCCGCCGCCACAAGUGACAUUUAGCUCUGUUAGCUCAUGGCUCUGAGUUAGCUCUGUAAGGGGCUGCAAAACACUACUACAUUCAAAUGUGACACACAGCAACGCAGACGGACUUGGGUGCUUGUCUUGUUUGCUAAAGUGAAGCAGAGCGGCGGUGAAAGACGCCAAAAGACCUCCGGAUACACACUUACAUGUGGAGAGAGCUGAGUGAGGGUGACUCACGGCGCUAAUACGGAAACAUGUCGGCCCAUGCUCAGAUGCGAGCCAUGCUGGACCAGCUCAUGGGGACGGGAAGAGACGGAGACACAAUGAGACAGAGAAUAAAAUUCACGGAUGAUCGAGUCUGCAAAAGCCACCUUUUAGACUCAUGUCCCCAUGACAUCCUGUCGGGCACAAGAAUGGAUCUGGGAGAGUGUAUGAAAGUCCAUGAUCUGGCUCUAAGAGCAGAUUAUGAAAUUGCUGCUAAGAAGGAGGAAUACUUUUUUGAGCUGGAUGCCGCUGAGCACCUUCAGUCUUUCAUUAAUGACUGUGACCGAAGGACUGAGAUGGCCAAAAAACGACUAGCUGAGACCCAAGAUGAAAUCAGUGCUGAAGUAGCUGCUAAGGCUGAACGUGUCCAUGAGCUGAAUGAAGAGAUUGGAAAGCUCUUGGCCAAAGCGGAGCAGUUGGGAGGAGAGGGGAAUGUAGACGAGGCCCAACAGCUGUUGGAAAAAGUGGAGAAAACCCGAAUCUUAAAAAAAGAGGCAGAGGAUGUCUACAGAAAUUCAAUGCCCGCCUCAAGCUUUCAACAACAAAAACUACGAGUCUGUGAAGUCUGUUCUGCCUAUCUGGGUCUUCAUGACAAUGAUCGUCGCUUGGCUGACCACUUCGGUGGCAAACUGCAUUUGGGUUUUAUUGAAAUACGUGAGAAACUGGACAAGCUGAGGAAAGCUGUUGCAGAAAAGCAAGAAAGGAUGCGAAUAAAAAGACGUGAGGACAGAGAAAAGGAAGAAAGAGAACGACAGUGGGAGAUGGAGCGUGAGCGUGAAUGGGAAAGAGAACGAGAAAGAGAGCGAGAGAGAGAAAGAGAAAGGGAGCGAAGGAGGUCAAGAUCUAGAAGUGGAGACCGGUACAGAGAUGGAAGCAGUUCAUCCUCUCAUCAUUCCCGGCGUCACCGCUCUUCCCGUUCCAGGGAAAAAGGUGGAGAUCGGGACAGAGAACGGAGACAUCGACACAAGGACAGGCAUCGCUCACAUUCACACUCUCAUAAGCACAAGAGAAAGAGUUUGUACUGUAAAUGUGUGACAGAUCUUCAAGAGACCGCUCAUCUCAUACAAGAGAAAGGGAGCGCUCUGUGUCCCAGGAGAAGUGGAAAGAGGGAGCAGCAGACUAUGCAGAGUGGAACAGCGCAGAGAGGUCAACUUCUCCGCACACUAGCCGCACGCGGGAUAAAGAAAGAUCUGUGUCUAAUGAGCGGGACAGGCGAUCCAGUUCAGAGGAGCGAGAAUCUGGAGAAAUAUGAACAUGUUUCUUCCAAGUUUUUCAUUUUGACUUUUAUUUGUUUAGUAAAAUAAGGGGCAUGAAGGGAGACUCUUUGUUGCAAAUGCAUUCUGCAUAUGUGUGUUACAAGCUUGGCAUUGUUAAAACUGCAUAAACUUUGCAAAAUGAAAAAGAAAUGAGUCUAAACUUGAAAUUAUUUUGUUGCAAAAUGUCCUGAGUCAUUGUCAUACCAUUUAUAGCAUCUUUUAAUUUACUUAUCGACAUUGACCUCUAAAUGUUUUUAAACUUCACUCAGUUAGAAAUGUGAUAAUGUAAAACUCAAUAUGGAUGGUGAGAACUUAAGGAUAUUCUUUGCAUUUUAUAUUUGCCUUGUCCCAUUAAUAUUUUUUACUUUUUUUUUUUUUUUGUUAAGGCAUGAGCCAGUAAGAGCUUGUGUUUGUUAUUGAAAUUCCCUAAAUUUGUGACAUCUAUGCAUAUAUCGGCAAAAUGUAUGCUGAAUUCAGAAAUAUUAAAUACAGUGCUUUACUGUGUAUGUUGAUGUAUUGGGGAAACCUAUCAUCAGUAAAACUUCUGCCUCUAUUGCGUGUAA